AUUUAUUUAUACACACUACGAAUUAGAAUUAUUUUUAAGAUCAAAUAUUUGGUGAGCCGUUACAAAAACAGUAAUGUCUAAGGUUAUAGAAAUAUCGGAUGAUGAUGAUAGUUUUUAUCAGGAAACUAUUCCCAGCGAGGAAAGUGUGGUAACCAGUGAUGAAGAUGGUUCUGACGAGCUUCCGAAGGUUUCAAUGAAGACCAGUCGACAGGCUGUAAUCACUAAUUUGUUUCCAAAUGCAAAACCAAAACCAAAAGUUUUUACUGCUACUCCUAAAGAGGAUACUUCUGUGGUAGUAAAUGAGCCGCAAAAACCUGUAUUCAAGAGGAUGAUUGGAGGAAUAGAAGUGAAGUUGCCUGUAGAUCCUUAUGGAAGUCAAGUAGCGUUGAUGUCCCAGGUGAUUACAGCAAUCAAGAAAGGUCAGAAUUGUUUACUGGAGUCUCCAACAGGCUCUGGAAAAACACUUGCUCUGCUCUGCGCUGCAUUGGCUUGGCAGAAACAUGAAAGGGAUGUGAUGUUCAAGGAGAAUACAAAAGAUUUGUUCCUGCAUCCGGACAACGAAAUUGCAGGAGCUGAGUUGUUGGCGACGCCCAAGAAGACCAUUGAAUCACCAGAAAAGUUCUUCUCAAAACCAGUUUAUGGCCAGAAAAAUAUUUACGAUACCGUGGAAGACGAUCGGAGUGGCGGGUCAGGGAUACGACAAAAACAUAUUAAAGAGAGCCCUGAAGGUGAAAGCAAUCUCGUGACUAUCCACAAGAAGCGGAAACUGAACGAUAGCGAGAUCACAGAAGAUGGCACUCCGCCGCAGUCGCCAGACAAAAUGAUGGACACCGCAGAAACUCCGGAAAAAGUUAGGAAGCUCUACGCACUAGUGGAGAACCUGCGUGUGCGAGCUGACCUGGUUGAUUGCAGCCUCCCCACCAUCUACUAUGGAGCCAGGACCCACAAACAGCUGCAGCAGGUCAUAAAGGAGUACGGAAGAACGGGCUACUGUGUGGAGGCCAGAAUGUCUGUGCUGUCCAGCCGAGAUAAUAGCUGUAUAAGAGAGUAUGAUAGGAGCCAGUGGAGCUCCAAGAAUGAUAUGUGCAGAGCUUGUAUUAAGAAAAUCGAACAAAGCAAAGGCGGUGACGGACAGACGACCAACUGUAAAUACUUCGACAACCGCAAGUGUUUGAGUUUCGAGUGUCUUCCGGAUGCCUUCGACCUGCGAGACCUGGUUACGGUUGGAGAGGAGAUGCAGGCCUGCCCGUACUUCGCCGCCAGAGACAUGGCCGGGAAGGCCAAUAUAGUGUUCUGCCCGUACAACUACUUGAUAGACCCGGCUAUUAGGAGGAAUUUGCAAAUCACUCUGCCGGGCAACAUAUUGGUUGUGGACGAGGCGCACAACAUCGAAGACAUCUGCCGCGACGCCGCCAGCUUCACCAUCACCAGGGACCAGAUACAAGCGGCUAUGAAGGAGCUAGAGAUCGCGGCGGGCUACCGGUACUCCAACCAGUACGGAACUAACUUCGCGGACAGUCUACUGAAGGUGCUGAGCAACUGGGAUCAAUGGUUCGUGAACCAAACGCCCCUGAUAAAGCAGUGCGUGGUGAGCAACGGCGAGGCGAGCUACGUGUGGGACCAGCAACACUUCUUGCAGACGCUGCACAACCACAACAUCGGCCAGCAGCAGUACCCGCAAUUCCAACACGAUGCGGAGAUUUUCAUCAAGGUCCUGCGCGAGGACCCGCAGCAGAUGGUGGGCGUGACGCAGGCCACCGGCACCCUCGUCGAGUCCAUCAGCACCGUGCUCGGCUACCUAUUCCGCGAUUCCGGUGCGUUCGCUGACAACUUCAAGCCGGUGCUGCAGCGUGAAGUUGCCACGAGAGGUGGAAAUACGUCGUGGCGAUCUGCGUCAUUUGACAAGUCGAUAGAGCGAGACAGCCUGUCACUCCGUCUCAUCUGUCUGAACCCGGCCGUGGUGUUCGAGCCACUGAGUGCGGCGCGCUGCAUCAUACUCGCAUCGGGUACGCUAACGCCGCUCAUCAGUCUACACUCGGAGUUGGGGACGAAAUUCCCGCAGCAGAUCAGCCGUAACCACGUUAUACCUAAGGAGAGAGUGUGGAUAGGCACCCUAAGUACGGGCGCAGACGGCGGUUCGCUGCGGUGCGCGAGCGGCGACACAGCGCGCCCGAGCGUGCAGGACGCACUAGGCGACGCCAUACUGCGUGUAUGCGCGCUCACGCCGCACGGCGUGCUGUGCUUCCUACCGUCGUAUCGCCUCAUGAAUAUACUUAUGAAAAGAUGGCAGGAUACCGGGGUAUGGCAACAGUUAGAAGAGUUGAAGCACGUUUUCAUGGAGAAUAAAAACGCAAAGGAUCAUGAUGAUAUAAUGGAGGACUAUUACAAGUACGUGGAGGGCACUAAGGGCGCGGUGCUGUUCGCGGUGUAUCGCGGGAAGGUAUCCGAGGGCAUGGACUUCAAGGACAAUCAGGCGCGCGCCGUCGUCGCUGUGGGUAUACCUUACCCCAACGUGUUCGACAUAGCGGUAAAACAGAAGAUGCUGUUCAACGACCGACACGCCAAAGAGCGGAGUUUGCUCACCGGCAGCGAGUGGCUGAGAGUCCAGGCCUACAGAGCUCUGAACCAAGCUGUCGGUCGGUGCGUGCGUCACCGCGGCGACUGGGGCGCCGUGCUACUGGUGGACGCGCGGUACAGGGAGCCCUACAACACGCACCACCUGUCCGGCUGGGCCAAAAACAUGCUUGGCAACAACCAUCAUACUCACGCGAGUCUGGCCGACGGCCCCAACAGCCUAGAAGCCUUCAUGAAGAGAAUGUCUUUGGAGCAGAAAGAGAACCGGAAAACGUAACGCACUUGCGCGCCUCCUAGCAUAGCAGAUGCUGUAUGAUGUUGGCCACUCAAGAUUAUGUGAUAUUUUAUUGCCUUAUAUUUUAUUUUGACUUAAAUCAUUUAAGUAUUCAAUUCAAUUCAAUAUUUUUAUUUGCACAAAACAUGUUAAAAAGAUGUAGCAAGUUUAUGAACAUGUUAUAAUAUAUAAUCAUGUAAGUAUGUGUAAAGUCGGGCAAAAAUAAGACCGACUAAAU